GAAAUCAUGGCGUCUUGACGCCUUCGGCAGAGUUUUGUUAUCCAGUACUGAAGUAUGCAGAAAUGUGCUAGCCGGUGGGCCUUUACAGCGAGUUUUCUUCCGAUUUUAUGAUAUUAACCACUGUUUUCAUUCGAACUAUUAGACCUAUUUCAACUCUGUCCAUCAGAAUGAGUGAUCCGGCUGUAAAGAGGGUAGUGAGUGAUAUCAAUCGCUCUCCAGAAGACAAACGGGAGUAUCGAGGACUUGAGUUUACAAAUGGGCUGAAAGCCGUUCUCAUCAGUGACCCCACCACUGACAAAUCAUCAGCCGCACUGGAUGUCCACAUAGGUUCUUUGUCAGAUCCUGAGAACAUUUCAGGACUGGCCCACUUCUGUGAGCACAUGCUGUUUCUGGGAACCGAGAAGUACCCCAAAGAGAACGAGUACAGCCAGUUUUUGAGCGAGCACGCCGGCAGCUCCAAUGCCUUCACCAGUGGAGAGCACACCAAUUACUACUUUGAUGUAUCCCAUGAGCAUCUACAAGGGGCUUUGGACAGUUUAAUUCUGGCAGGCAAUAAGUUAACCCUUGAGACAAGGCCAUCUCAACAGGGCAUUGAUAUCCGUGAGGAGCUGCUCAAGUUUCACUCCACCUACUAUUCCUCCAACCUUAUGGGAUUGUGUGUGCUGGGCAGAGGGUGCAGAGAUUGGGUCUUUCAGGAGUGUAAGGAUUUGAACACUGUGGCUUUCAGAUUUAAGGAUAAGGAACGUCCUCGUGGAUACACGUCUAAAGUGGCUGGACUACUGCAUUACUAUCCGCUGGAGGAAGUCUUGGCUGCUGAAUACUUGCUGGAGGAGUUCAGGCCAGACUUGAUCGAGAUGGUGCUUGAUAAACUGAGACCAGAGAAUGUCAGGGUCGCUGUUGUCUCUAAAUCGUUUGAAGGGCAGACAGACCGGACUGAGGAGUGGUACGGCACGCAGUACAAACAGGAAGCUAUUACUGAUGAUGCUAUUAAGAAAUGGCAAAAUGCAGACCUCAAUGGAAAGUUCAAACUGCCAAUGAAGAAUGAAUUCAUCCCGACAAACUUUGAGAUUUAUCCUCUAGAAAUGGAUUCCCCAUCUGUCCCAACUUUGAUAAAGGACACAGCAAUGAGCAAAGUUUGGUUCAAACAAGAUGACAAAUUUUUCCUACCCAAGGCUUGUUUAAACUUUGAGUUUUUCAGCCCGUUUGCGUACGUGGACCCGUUGCAUUGUAACAUGGCGUAUUUGUACCUUGAGCUGCUCAAGGAUUCCCUGAACGAGUAUGCAUAUGCAGCCGAGCUAGCCGGCCUGAACUAUGACCUUCAAAAUACCGUCUAUGGGAUGUAUGUAAGUAUCCUAAUAUUCCCCCAUGCCACUGUUUCCCAACAUGCUCCUCCUGUGAGGGCGACAGUUCAACUUCACACACAAACAAAUGACUACCAGUGGUUGCUGUCCUUGCGGUUGUCCAGAAUUUACUUGUACAUGGAUUGUCUUUCCGAUGUGACAUUACCUCGUCUGAAGGCGUUCAUACCACAGCUGUUGUCACGGUUACACAUUGAAGCCCUGCUGCAUGGCAACAUCACCAAACAGUCUGCUCUGGGCAUGAUGCAAAUGUUGGAGGACACUCUCAUUGAGCACGCUCGCACUAAACCCCUCCUGCCGAGUCAGCUCAUUCGCUACAGAGAAGUGCAGGUACCUGACGGUGGCUGGUAUGUUUACCAGCAGAGGAAUGAGGUUCAUAAUAACUGUGGAAUCGAGAUUUACUAUCAGACUGACAUGCAGAACACCCAUGAGAACAUGCUGCUGGAGCUCUUCUGUCAAAUCAUCUCUGAGCCAUGCUUCAACACGCUACGCACCAAAGAACAGCUGGGUUACAUUGUGUUCAGCGGCCCCCGCAGGGCCAAUGGAGUGCAGGGACUGCGUUUCAUCAUCCAGUCUGAAAAAGCUCCUCACUACCUGGAGUCUCGGGUGGAGGCCUUCCUCAAGACGAUGGAGAAGAGUGUGGAGGAGAUGGGAGAGGAAGCGUUUCAGAAACACAUCCAGGCACUGGCUAUUCGCCGUCUUGACAAACCCAAGAAGCUGGCGGCCGAAUGCGCCGAGUACUGGGGAGAAAUCAUCUCCCAACAGUACAACUUCGACAGGGAUAAUAUUGAAGUGGCUUACCUGAAGACACUGACAAAGGAACAUAUUAUGCAGUUUUACAGGGACUUGUUGGCCAUUGAUGCCCCCAGAAGACACAAAGUGUCUGUGCAUGUGCUGGCUAGAGAGAUGGACUCCUGUCCACUGGUUGGAGAGUUUCCUGCUCAAAAUGAUGUCAAUCUGGCUCCUGCCCCUUCACUUCCUCAGCCAUCAUUGGUUCAGGAUAUGACUGAAUUCAAAAGGAGUCUGCCGCUGUUCCCUCUCGCCAAACCUCACAUCAAUUUCAUGGCUGCCAAACUGUGACCAGCAUCAUGGGAUUGUCAGAGACGCCCAAAUAUGGAGCCAGUAACACCAUUGUCUGUGUGUGUGAGUGUGCGUUUGUGUGUAAGCAGGCAAGGCCACGACGGAGCCGCUUGCAACAUUUUUAGUUGUGCUCUGCGUCAGACAUGCACACCUGAUAUCUCUUAGAUACAUAGAAAACAUACAAUGUUUGUUUCAUGUUGCUUCUAACAGGGAAUUUGUAUCCCUAUAUAAUAUAGGAAUCACUCGCUGGUCACGACGACUCACUCAUUGUUCGGUUUCAUUUCAAAAUGCUGUUUCAUUUCAUUUACACCACUGUUAAGCAAAAACACGAGAAACCGUUUGGAGAGGCUGUUGUGUAAUUUAUCAAGACAAGUCUCUCUUGAAAUGAAAUAACUGGCCUUAAGAUGAUUUUAAUCAGUGAUCAGGUUUUCUGGCACCUUUUUUAAAGUUUAAUUUAAUCUAUUUGCUUUGAGUUGUUUUUAGUUUCUGUGCAUGUUUGGCAGAGUUUAAGGAUAGUGUUGCAAAUGCAAGGUGGUUAACUUGAUGGAUUUUGAUUUUAUUUGCAGUUGAAGAAAUAUCAUAAUAAACAAUUUUAAUAUAAUUUUCAUUUGCUUAUUUAAGUUACUUUGUCCUUGAACGAUUCAUAAUAUACCUGAAACCCUGACCUAAACUCAGUGUCAUAAUAGAAAUACAAAUUCCACUCAUGAAACAUGAAUUAUGUAAAUCGUUUGUGAAAACCUCACAUAAGAAUGUUUUAAGACACAAUUGAAUGCAAGAGUUUAUGCACCACUGGUUUUUCCAAACGAUUUAACAUGAAUAUGAUCAUGAAUGAUGCAGAUUGUGUUUUUCAGGAUGCUUAGUUCGAUCAAACUCGCCCAUAUACCGAUGUCCACAUGCAACACGACGACAUUUCAGGAGUUGUUGCGUGAAACUGACUCAGAAAUCCCCUUUAACUGGGUUUGUUUUACUUCUUCUGUCUUGACUUGUGAUUAUGCACUCCUCACAAGCAAUAAUGUGACUUACAGGACCUAUGACUAGUGUCUUAAACUCUACUAGGCGUUUUUCUUGACAUGGUUUGAGCUUGGUUCCGAGAAACUGAUUAGACGAGAGCUAGACUUGGUCUGUGCUGUAAUUUACCUGCGCUGAUGCAGGAACAUCAUGUCAGUCUGUAAUCCAUGUGUGUCCUCAUCUCAGGUGUGUGUUAGCCUUGUCUCGAGCCAAGUCUUCAACAUCACUUGUGUUUCUAGUGCUGAGAUUUAUUCUGGACUUACUCAGGUGUAUCAAAUCGACUGUAUGCUGCAUUUUUUAGAAACUCAACGACCAUCCUACCACGUCCAUCAAAAUAAUGAAUACUGUUUCAUGCUCAGCAAAACAAACUGAUAUCAGACAGGGUAUAAACUUAGAUGAGUUUGGUUGUAUCACUAAGAUGGAUAUAAUCGGGCAUCUCACUGCAUUGGUUUUAGUGGUCUGUAUUUUUGUUUUUGAAUUUAAAGGAAUAGUUCAGAGUAGUUCAUCCAUAAAUUUAGUAAUUGUAUUGGUUCUCGUGGCGUUCCAAUCCUGUAUGACAUUUCUCUUUCAUGUAAAAAGAAGUUUGGUGAAAUGUUCAUGCAGUUCCUUUCCAUGCAAUGAAAGUGAAUGGGGACCGUGACUGUCAAGCUCUAAAAACGGCAUAAAAGAACCGUAAAAGUUGUCCAUGUGACCUAUAUUUCAAAUCUUCUGAAGCCAUUUAAUAGCUUUGUGACGGUGUUGUUAUCAUUAAACUCUUCAGUAAUUGAAAUAAAGUUGAAAUAAAAUAUACAUUUUAGAUG